AUGACUGUUGGACGCGGAGUGAGUGCGGGUUGGGCAGGUGUGCUGUUUGCGCACAGAGAGAAGUCACUGUUUGGGGAGAAAUCGAUGAGGGGGGAGAAGGACGUCACAUUCGUCGUUUCCCAGACGAGAAGUUUGGGCGGGACGGAAGAAGGAAGUCGCGGAAAAUGGGAAGAAAAAAGGGAAGGAAAAUGGGACCUUUGUCGUCAUGGGGCGGAAGGUGCCGAGCCACGGGAUCGGAUUAUUUACCUUUCCGAUCAUGUUGACUGCCACUCUUUAUUAGUCAGCAGUCACACGCUCCCCCCAGAUGAUACUUCACAAAGCAAGCUGCACCAUCCCGUCUUCCCGUCAGCGCUCUCUCUCUGUCUGCCUCGCAACCGCAUUGCUGAUCGUCCAGGCGAGCCGGAGAGAGAGCCCUCAACAGCCGUCGUGCAUCCGUCUGUCGAUGGAAAGCUCCUGGCGUGGGGGACGACGCCCAUCUCUCCUCUCUUCGCUCUACGGAGUAGCUCGAGCUUAAACUCCCAUCUCGCUGACGUCGAAUACGAGUAUUAUUCUCCCCAAAAUCUCUCCCAGAGACAAAGGAGUUGCUCCUCGGAGCUAAGAUCUCUUUGUUUGAAUGCUUUAAAAGUCGAGCCGCAAUUGCAGCGUGCAGAAAUAGCUUUUUGA